CGCAGACGGACCAAAUGUGGCAUGAGUUAUGGGUUAGCGAAUGCUGCUGGUCUAGGGUGGGUCACUCUAUCUAUAAAUGUAACGAUUAUCAGUCGCUAACACUAUGGCACAGAGACCAAAUGUAACUUCCCAAUCUGUUCGGCCAGACUUCGCCGAGCUGAAUGACCUUGUUUGUGAAAAGUCUGGCGGCGAAGUCUUAUUUUCUACAGAUGACUGGUUUGCUGAGUCCGAAAACUUGUUGAAGACUGAACCGGCUGUAUUUAAAGCUGAAUUGUUCACACCAUUUGGUAAAUGGAUGGACGGAUGGGAAACGAGGCGUAAACGUAUACCAGGACAUGAUUGGUGUAUUAUAAAAUUAGGAAUUCCUGGUCUAAUAAAGGGUUUUGAUUUUGAUACUUCAUUCUUCACUGGAAACUAUGCACCUAGGGUAUCUGUGCAAGCAGCCAGUCUUGAUGAAUCUGUUAAAUUUCCUGCGAGAUCUGCUGCGAUGGGAACUGCUGCCACAAAUGACCAACUUGAAGCAAUGAAAGCAUUAAAAACCGAGGAGUGGCAAGAGGUUCUAAAUGAAGUGGAACUAAAACCUGGAUAUGUAGACACCUGUCACAACUUUUUUGCUUGUAAUAGUCGUAAUACAAGGUGGACACAUAUAAGAGUCAAUAUAUACCCAGGGUGUGUGAUGAGUGAACAAGAUGAAGAAAAAGCGAAAGCUAUUCGUGUUGGUAAGGCUGUUGGUGACUUCAGUCAAUUCCAGUGGAAAUUGGUAUUGCCUCCAUCUAAGGUAAUUUUAACUUAG